AUGAGUUCAAACCAUAAUCACAGACAAAAUCUCAACCAGCCAGUACCGACAAUUGAAAAAGAACAAGAUCAAUUGCAAGUGGAGUCUGGUUCAAAAUCUGACCGAGAAAUUAGAGAAUUGUCUCAAGUACAACAAUUGCCAGAACAACAUCACGAGGAAUAUCCUUCUGCUGAGAUUCAAAGAGAUCCUCAAGGUAAAAAUAUACUUGAGAUCCUAAAACGAAAUUUGUUUAUAGAUGAAAAUUCAGCUAUAAUAGAAACAGGUAAGAAAGAUGAUAAUAUUUCAGAAAGCCCUGAAGAUUAUUUACUCAAUUCCUUUCCUAUAAUUGUAACUAUUACUACUGACGACUUGAGUAUUAUAUCUCCAGAUUUAGUACCAUAUUUCAGUGUACAAGAAGUGUCAUCAGACAAAACUUCGGAAUUUGAAGGAAAGCAUAUCCAACAGACUUCUUUCAUUCCUACUUCAUUGAAACCACAACUUGACUCUUUGAUCCGUGAUCUCUAUGAUUCUAAUAUCAAUUAUACACUUAACUAUGAUAAAUUUGUUUCUCAUCCAGGGGUUCUAUUUAUUAAAAACGUAAGUCCAAACUUAAUAAUUUCUCCUGAAGAUCCAGUAGAGGAAAUUGACAGUGUUAAUGAUUCAAUUACGAUUAAAAAUCCCCAAAAUAAGUUUAUAACUUUCUUAAAAGAUCAUACGUUAUUUAAGUCUUUCAAUAAUUUAAAAUUAUUCAACCUGAAUAAAACACCCGAAAAGGAAUCAAAUGAUUCAUCAGGCUACGCCUAUGUGAUUGUUAAAUUUGAUAAUCAUCUUGAUGUAGAGGAUUUAAUAAUCAGUCUCAAUCAAUAUCUGGGUCCUAAUGAGUUUAAUGAUAAAACUUCAAUUCCAUUAUUUUUGAAUAGAUACGUUAAUAAAAGAGAGAGAAAUAAACUGCAUCCAAAUAGACGUCAUCAUCAUAGUCACAAUCAACUGCAGAAACAGUACCAAAAAGCUACUCUCUCCAGUUCAGAUAAUAAUAAUAACGAUAAUUCAUUUAAUUUAAUCAUCCUUGAAAAUUUAAGUAAAUUUUUCCCAGGUCAUCUAAAGGUUUCCAAAUGUGAAUUUUCAAUAUUCAUUAAUGUGUUUAAACAAUUUGGUAAUGAAAUUGAAUUUAUCCAUUUCCCAAUUGCUCAUCAAGAAAUAUCAGAUUCGGAUAAAGAGGAUAAUAAUGAUCUUAUGUUCCAUUUACUACAUUCUUUUGCAUACAUUAAAUUCCAUCCUUCGGUAAACAUGGUUGAGAACACCUUGAAGAUACUCUAUUAUUUAAAUGAUCUUACUUGGGAAGAGUUUAUUGGUUUUAAAUUUGACGGCUCAUCAGCCAAUUGGCAGCAUGCUUUAUUAAAUCAUACCCCAAAUUUAGAGUCUGUUGAAAAUGGGAUAAAAAUCAGUAUUGCUCAACAUAAGCAUAACCACUUACUUACUGAACAAACGGAUUAUGAGUCUAUCAGUUUCACUUUAGGGGUUAGAAAUGAUGGAUUAAUUACAGUUAAUACUUACAACUUUAAUUUCCUUGCUCCAACCCUUUUAAGAUAUGUUAAUUAUCAAGAUACUAACAUUUAUGUCAAUAAUUUGGCUACUCUUUUUAAAAAUAAUGAUGAAUUAUGGAGAGAGUUUUGGGAACAGUUUGGUCUAAUCAAAUCAGCGACUAUUAUUAAACCGAAUUUUUACCAUAACAAUGAAGAUUCGUCUGAUUCUUCCUCCUCCUUUUCUCAAGCGGAAAGGUUUGGAAAAAUUGGAUUUGUAUUUUAUGAACAUUUUAAGAUGUCUAUCAAAGCGAUAUUGCUAACAAAUAAUAAAUCCAUUUCUAGUUUGUUAGAGUCAGCUACGAAGAAGAACGCACUGAGUAUUAUUCAAUCAUCAUUUGCUAUCCAGAAACCGAAUUUGAAGUACUCUGUCUCGAAUCAACAACAAUUUUCCAGUAUUCCUUUGACUCAAAGCAUAAGCUCAACUACAAAUCUUCAACAAUAUCACUUCCAACUCCAACAGCAACAUAAUUCGCAACUGCAUCAACAGCGUAGACGUCUGUAUAAUCCACGCCCUUCUGCGCCACCUUUAGUCACUUCUUCUUCUGGAUCUUCUACAUCAACAUCCCAAUCUUCCAUAUUAUCUCAGAAUCACCCUCAAUUAAUGAUACCUCGCCAAUCACAUCCACAUGCACCUCCAGCUUCAUUGCCUCAGGUAUACCCAUAUAUGUAUAUCCCUCAAUUUGCUCCGCCUCCACCUCCACCUCCACCUCCAGGAGCUCCAACUCAUCGUUAUUCUCCUUACUAUUAUCCUCCUAUUGCAUCAUCACCUACAUCAUAUACUCAUACUCCAACGAAUCCUGCAUCCCAUUCUCCACCUUAUGCAUUUUACGCACACUACGAUUUUGAUUAUUUCUAUCAACAAGAGCAACCACAUCAUCAACCAUAUUCUCAGAAUGCUCAUAUUCUAAUUGAAAAUGAUGCUGGUGUUGAAUCAGAAGAAGAUUAG